UUCCGGUUCCGGUUCCGAUCCCGAAGGCGUUCCCGUGAGGAUGGCUGUGGAGGUGGCUCAGUGGGCAGAGCGGCUUUGCCGGCAGGAGAAAGAAAUCAAGCUUCUGACUGCUGAAAUUGAUCAUUUGAAAAACUUCAAAUGUUUGGGAGUUUCUCCAAACUUGGAGGGAUUGCGAGAAGAGAAUGCAAGACUUAAAUAUCGCUUAAAUGUUCUUCAAAAGAGCCUUCAAGAGGAAAGGAACAGAGGAAAAACAUCAAAAGGCAUGGUUAACAUCAACAGCCGCCUCCAGGACAUUUUUGGAGCAGCUAUUAAAGCUGCAUAUCCAGAUCUAGAAAACCCUCCACUGGCAGUGACACCAAGUCAGCAACCCAAGUUUGGUGAUUACCAGUGUAACAGUGCUAUGAGCAUCACUCAGAUUCUGCUUAAGACAAAGGAGCAAAAAGUAAGCCCGCGAGAAAUUGCUGACAAGAUUGCCAGAAACAUUCCUGACAAUGAAUGCAUUGAGAAGGUUGAAAUUGCUGGUCCUGGUUUCAUUAAUGUACACCUGAAAAAGGAUUUUGUAUCCAGACAACUGAGCAGCUUGUUGGUGAAUGGAGUUCAGCCUCCUGCUACUGGAAAAAGGAAAAAAGUGUUGAUUGAUUUCUCCUCUCCUAAUAUUGCCAAAGAAAUGCAUGUUGGUCACCUACGAUCAACUAUAAUUGGGGAGAGCAUGAGCCGUCUCUUUGAAUUUGUGGGGGAUGAUGUUCUCAGAAUAAACCAUUUAGGAGACUGGGGCACUCAGUUUGGAAUGCUGAUUGCUCACCUGCAGGAUAAAUUUCCAGAUUACUUGACUGUUUCUCCCCCCAUUGGAGAUCUCCAAGCUUUUUAUAAGGAAUCAAAAAGAAGGUUUGACACAGAGGAGGAAUUCAAGAAGCGUGCAUACCAGUGUGUAGUCCUGUUACAAAGCAAAAAUCCAGAAUUCAUUAAAGCUUGGAAACUGAUCUGUGAUGUAUCCCGGCAAGAAUUUCAAAAAAUCUAUGACUGCUUGGACAUCUCCUUAGUAGAGCGAGGAGAAUCAUAUUACCAAGAUAUGAUGCAUGGUAUUGUGAAGGAGUUGGAAGAAAAAGGGUUUGUACAAGUGGAUGAUGGCCGAAAGAUUGUGUUUGUUCCAGGAUAUUCCGUUCCCUUGACAAUUGUGAAAUCUGAUGGGGGUUUCACCUAUGACACUUCAGACUUAGCAGCAAUAAAACAAAGGCUGCUGGAAGAAAAAGCUGAUUAUGUGAUUUAUGUAGUAGAUAGUGGGCAGUCUGUGCACUUCCAAACCAUAUUUGCAGCAGCUCAAAUGAUUGGCUGGUAUGACCCCAAAGUGAACAGAGUAGUUCAUGCUCCUUUUGGAGUUGUGUUGGGAGAAGACAAGAAGAAGUUUAAAACACGUUCUGGGGAUACAGUACGGUUGAUAGAUCUUCUUGAAGAGGGACUAAAGAGAUCGAUGGACAAACUAAAGGAAAAAGAAAGAGAUAAGGUUCUUACACCUGAAGAACUGAAAGCAGCCCAGACCUCAGUUGCCUUUGGCUGCAUUAAGUAUGCAGAUCUUUCCCAUAAUAGAAUAAAUGAUUAUAUCUUCUCUUUUGACAAGAUGCUGGAUGACAGAGGAAAUACUGCUGCUUAUUUACUUUAUGCCUUCACUCGAAUCAGAUCUAUAGCAAGGCUAGCCAAUAUUGAUGAAGAGACACUUCGGAAGGCAGCUAGAACAACAGAGAUCAUACUGGACCAUGAAAAGGAAUGGAAGCUGAGCAAGUGUAUUUUAAGGUUCCCUGAGAUUAUUCAGAAGAUCUUGGAUGACCUUUUACUCCAUACCCUUUGUGACUACCUCUAUGAACUGGCCACCACAUUUACUGAAUUCUAUGACAGCUGCUAUUGUGUGGAAAAAGACAGGCAAACGGGGAAAAUAGUGAAAGUGAAUAUGUGGCGAAUGCUCUUGUGUGAGGCAACAGCUGCUGUUAUGGCCAAAGGUUUUGACAUCUUGGGAAUUAAGCCUGUUCAGAAAAUGUAAUGUUUCUGAGUUUUUGUUUUUAUAGACUUGUCAACAUUAAAUCAGUUCACAAUCAUCAUUUUAAAAAAUAAAAGCAAAGAAUGCUUACA